AUGUCGUCCACUCUCUCUACCGCGACCCAGCACAGCCUGAUAUUGUUUGUGAACAACGAGCGUUGCGAUGGCCAUGUAUUGUAUGUUCAGGAUGAUAUUCCCACUAGUUCGCCUGUGGUUGUUCCUAUCAAUACAUCCGUUGUCCGCCGAGGUGCGCGACGAUACAAUGGACUGUAUGAACUAAUGUUCACCGUGGAACUUGAGAGCGAUAGCCUUACAGGCCGCGUGAGGGGACGGAUAGUGGGAAGGGUGCUGCUGCCGUCUGGAGAAUCACAUUAUCUUGGGCCACUGCUGCCACCUGGUAAAUCAAUAACUUCAGCCGUUUUCGUGGAGGAAGUUCCACACACCAUAGAGAUGCAUUUUGCUCUCGAUAACAAUGUGCCUGUUGACACUGUAGCUGCGAAGCCGGCUGAACUGCUUCUUGUUGAUCACGUUAAUGCCAUUCUUGACAAUGAUGAACUUUGUGGAUCCCUGGCUUCUUCACAUGUUCAAAACCUCGUGCGAGAACUGCCCUUUUAUGACAUGGGAAAGGCUCGGUUCCAGAAUUGGUCUGACUUCGUCAACUUCUUUUCAUCACAGUACGACUCAUGGGAAGUGACACGGUACACAGAGGAACAACACCGGCUUAUGGGUUUCAGCAAUAGAAUUCACCCUGGUGAGCUGCGCUUGGUAUCCAAGAAAUUUGUGGGGUCGUACAUGAGGGCGGACAAGGUGAGAGAUAUCGUUCAAGAAGAGGCUUUGCUAGAGUUUCAGCAGUUGCUGCUCUCACUUACCGGCCCACACGACGGCUCUAGACACACACCGAGGUUGAACAAUGAGGCAUUCAAAAUGUUGGGAGAAUCACGGAGUUUUCGAACACUGAAUUCUGUGAAUUAUGUUCGUAUUCUUCGGCUUGUUGCUCUAGAUCCUGAACGAUACGUUCUGUUUGAUCAAUACCACCCCAUACGCAUUGAUUGGCGACGCUCUGAUGAGACUACCCCAGGAAUCGCUUGCGUGGCUCCCUCAUGA